AACUCUGUUAUCUGACAGAUGCAAGAAAGGUCAUUUUGCUGUUGGGGUCACCCACGGAGCAUGCGAUCUCAGCACGGGCACCUGGACCAUUGACCCUCCUGUCUGCGUCGACAAAGAGUGCCCUGAGCUGUCGCCUCCCACACACGGGGUGGUUAACAUCGAGAACAGUGGUGGUCUGGCAAACAUUGUUUGUAGGCAAGGAUACUUUCUUUUAGGGGACUCAACUCUAGUUUGUGAAGACGGCCGAUGGAGAGGAGUAAUGCCCCUUUGUGCAGGAACGGCGCAACCCAACGAGAAAACCAAGUCACGGAAGACACCGGAACAGGUCGAGACCAAGGGGUUAUGGUCUGACUUCCAUUCUUUGACCGAGUCAGAUGACACGUGUUACUAUCAUCAGAUUAGCCCACCGGAAAUCCUCCAUGCGGUAGUGGGCACCAAAUUUUCCCGUAUCGAGGUUCGCCAACGCUACGUCAUGGUGGCUACUUACACCUGUGUGUUUGGAUUCACGCUCCGGAACAGCUCCAACAGUCAGCUGUUCUGCAAGAAUAUGAUCUGGAGUGCACCCGCGUGGCCUGAGUGUAUUCAAAAAGACAACCCAUGCGAGACGGACAACGGCGGCUGCCACCACUACUGCACGCCCACGGGGGAUCAGGCUCACUCCUGCUCCUGCUACGAUGGAUACUCCCUGGCAGGCGACGCCAGAACCUGCGUGGACGCCGACGAAUGUGCAAUCAACAAUGGUGACUGCCAGCAAGAAUGCCUUAACACCGAGGGCAGCUAUCUCUGUAUGUGCAACGACGGAUUUAUCCCCAAAGGAUCCAUAUGUCUGG